AUGCCACCUCCCGCCCAGCACACCCUUCCCCUAACCCUAAUAGUGGCCACGACCCCCGUCCGACUGCCACCAACACCCUCCACAUCCACAAAUGGCAAUGGCACACCGUCCCAAACAACCCGCCUCGGCAUCGGCCACAAAGGCACCCUCCCCUGGCCGCGCAUAAAAGCAGACAUGAACUUCUUCGCACGCGUGACAUCGCGCCCGCCCGCGCCGGGAACCACCAACGCCAUCAUCAUGGGCCGCAAGACGUACGAUUCAGUCCCGGCGCAUCUGCGCCCGCUUGCGAAGAGGAUCAAUGUCGUUAUCACCCGGGACAAGUCUGGGGCUGUGGCGGAGGGGGUCAUGCGGGAGCUGGAGAUUAGGAGGGGGAAGAUUGCUGCUAAGGCUGCUGCUGCUGCUGCUGCUGCUGCUUCUGGUGGUGCUGCUGCUGCUGCUGCUUCUGGUGGUGCUGCUGGAGCAGAGGGGUCUACGGGCCAAGCAGAUACGGAAACGAAGCCUGCGAAGAAACCAGAAGAACCAAUUACCGACGCAAUCGUCACCCGCAGUCUCGACGACGCCCUCACCGAAUUACAAAAACACUACGGAACUAGCGGCCGCCUAGGCAAAAUCUAUAUAAUCGGCGGCGCGGAGAUCUACGCGUCAGCCUUGGCGAGACCAUCCUCCUCCGCAGCAUCAACGGAACUAUCACGCAGACCGAUCAGGGUGGUGAUGACGAAUGUGGCCCGUAAACGCACUGCAGAUGAAGAAGACCAAGAAGCAUCGUCGUCGUUCGACUGCGAUACGUUCUUCCCUGUGGAUGAGCUGAGCGUGCAGAAUGGGUGGCGGACUGCUUCGAAGGACGAGGUCUCGGAGUGGGUUGGAGAGGAGGUUAGUGGGGAAUGGAAGGAGGAUGGAGAGGUGGAGAUUCAGAUGGUUGGGUUUGAGAGAGUCUGA